GUUGCGCACUGCUCAACUUUGCUGUAGGAUUCACAUCACAGUCAUCAGAGUCACACUGGGCAGUUUCCCAGUAGAUGGCCACACUGUGUCUCAGGAAGGGCCCAUUGCCGCUUUGUCCAAGGCCAUCUCAUGGGCUCGAAGCCAUGGGAGGGGAGGGGUCCUGCCAGGAUGACACAGAGUCUGGGGCCCUCACUUUCCUCCCAUCAGAUGAUGCCAAGCCUGGGAAGGCACUGAGACUGCAGCGGAGUGGGCCAGGGGGCAGUGAGAGGAGGGGACGUGGGCGGGGCAGGGCUGGGGCACUGGAGGAGCAGGUCAGGCAGGGCCCGUCAGCCCAGAGGCACCCCAGGACUCAAGCCUGCAGCUGACCCCGCUCUCCUAGGCCUCACUGCAGCUGUGGGAAGGGGAAGCAUGGAGCCCUCCCUCAAGAUCAGCACAGCGCCUGGCUUGAGCUCAUGACAGUGACCGUCCCCUGCUGCCACCAUUGCAGUCACUGCCCUGGUGGGCAGCCUGGACCCCAGCUCCACCACGCAUGGACUGUGUGGGCUUGGGCAGUGCCAAGCUCAGCCUCACGGGCCUGUGGGGACGGUCACAGGAGGUCCACGUGCCAGGCCCAGGGUUCACGCACAGGGUUACCACCACUGCGAGGUUGCCUGCCCCGUCUUGUACCUGGCUGUCCAUGCCCUCAUCUCAGGCAGCAGGACAAAGGCAAGUGGAACUGAGAGGGGAGAGAGAGGCCAGAGUCCCCUGCAGCCCUGUCCCCAGGACCAGU